AUACACGAUUAGGGAACAUUCGUGAUUGUGAUAAUGAUCAUUCCUAGUCUUAUCAACAAUGGUAAUAGGUUGUUUUCACACAUUCAACCUGUAUCGCGCGUUGAGUGACCAUGUCUCUGUCUGUGAUAAGAGGUGUUUUAUCAAUCGGGCGACAAAAAACAUAUCUGAGAAAACAUGUAUUUUCGAGUUCGAGGACCCUAGUUACCACAGAUUGUUCACAUCCGAAUGUUCUGAAAAGCGAAUUAAGUGAUGUUGUUGUACCUGAUUGGACGAUAUGCGAAAUGCUUUAUCCAAAACUGGAACUAUACCACAAGUACACUGCGGUAGAAUGUGCUUCGAGUGGAAAGAGUUAUACCUUCGGCCAAAUUCGUAUGAAAAGCAGAAAUUUCAGCAAAGCCCUGAAAGAAAAACUGAAAUUAAAAAAAGGGGAUAUAGUUGCAAUUUUAGUGAAAAAUAUUCCUGAGUUUGGAAUAGCAGCAUAUGGAAUUUUUGAGGCAGGAUUAGUGGUAACAACGUUGAAUCCGGCAUAUACUCCAGAUGAAAUCAAGAAACAACUACUAGAUUCAGGAGCCAGAGCUAUUAUUACACAGGCUAGUGAUUUCUGCAAAGUGAAGUCUGCCUUGGAGAUAAUGCAUUCUCAGAUACCCAUCAUUGUUAUUAAAGAGAAGCAAGCAGACAGCAUACCAAGUGGAGCAAUCGAUUUUUUCGAGUUUGCUGAUACAGUAAUCAAUGUACCAGAUAUCGAACCUGGGCAUACCUCUGAUUUGGCUUUUCUGCCGUACUCUAGCGGUACCACCGGCUUACCAAAAGGUGUCGAACUCACUCACAACAACAUAGUAUCAAAUAUUUUCCAAUUCAACCAUAAAGAUGUGUCUUUCUUGAAUCCUCCUACAGACAAUUUUCAAGAUGUCAUUCCAACUGUACUACCGCUAUAUCACAUAUAUGGCUUCACCGCUGGCACGGUGAAUUCUGCCUAUAAUGGAACAAAAUCAGUAACUCUAGAUAAAUUCAGUCCAGAAUUAUUCAUUACGGUAUUGAAAAAUCAUCGUGUAACCGUUAUAUAUGCAGCACCACCCCUCAUUCUGUUCCUGACUUCACAUCAAGAUGUUAAAAAGGAAUAUUUCAAAUACGUCAAGAUGGUCAUUUCAGGUGGAGCACCAUUAGGAUGUCUAGAUGAACAAAGGUUCACCGAUAAAGUUGGUUCGCAUGUUACUAUAACGCAAGCAUAUGGACUAACUGAAACAUCUCCAUUAGUCACGUGGUUUCCGAAAACAUAUGCCAAAAAUGAAAACGGAGGAUGCAUAGGAAAAGUAGUACCCAAGACUUAUGUUAAAAUUAUCGCACCUGAUGACCCUACAGGGACCCCACUGGGAAUGAAUCAAUCAGGUGAAUUGUUGGUGAAGGGGCCACAAGUAAUGAGGGGCUACUACAACAGACCAGAAGAAACUGAAAAAUCGUUUUUGAAUGGCUGGUUCAGGACUGGAGACUUGGGCCAUUUCAAUGAUGAAGGGUGUAUGUUCAUCACUGACAGACUGAAAGAACUUAUCAAAGUGAAAGGAUUUCAAGUAGCUCCAGCCGAACUGGAAGAGCUCAUCAGGAGUUUUCCUGGUGUGGAUGAUGCAGCUGUGAUAGGAAUACCGAAUCAGGCCCAUGGAGAGGUCCCAAGGGCUUAUGUCGUGCCCAAGGAAGGAUUUGCUUUGAAUGUAGAGGAAAUAAAAGAAUAUGUUGCCAUAAAAGUGACGAAAUAUAAGCAGCUAGCAGGAGGAGUCCAAAUUGUAGACACCAUUCCAAAGAAUCCUUCUGGAAAAAUUCUGAGGAGACUUUUGAAGCAGAACUAUAAAGAAAAGGGAAUUUAAUUAUCAAAACAAAAAAAUCAUCAUCUGGUUAGUUAGUACUGGUAUUUGUUUGGAAUCGAGUUCAAUCGUACUCCUGCAGAUUAAUACAGGGUGUUGCGAAAUUCGACCGACAACGUGUUCUGUUCUCGAGAUACAAGGCGUUGAAGUUACGAAAUUAUAAAUAGUUUUUCCGCAAUAUCUCAAGAAGAAUUGAAUAUAAUGCAUUCAAAUUCCGUAUAUGGUUUGAUCUUUCAAUGGUUAAUUUUUUGACCAGAAAGAUAUUCCGAGAAUUUUAUCCAGAGGUGCGCUACAGAGGGUUGUGAUUCUACGCCACUGAUGACAUUUCGAUUAUUUCCAUUUGCUCGAAUUGAUUGUUCAAUUAUGUUGAACAGGUAUCGAGAUAUUUGACUCAAAACAGAAGUUUGCAUAGUAAUUUUUCAUCUUCCUCAGUAGUAGAAAAUUACAAAAAAAAAUUGUUUUCUCUUUAUGCGUGGAAUAACUAUUUCUGUUCAGCUACAGAAUGAGAUCUGAAUAGUAUCUAAUCUACUCAACACCAGAAAAAUAUUUUUGCAAUUUUCUACUACUGAGAAUGAUGAAAUAUUGCUAUGCAAUCUUCCAUUUUGGGUCGAAUAUCUCGAAAACUGUUUAUGUCAGCUCAGUUGGAGGUGAUUUAUUUUUUGAACAAAAUUGGACAGUGAAUUCGAGGAAUUGAAAAUAAUCGGAAUUCAAUCAGUGGCGUAGAAAAUAUGGGAGGAAAAGUUGCCACAACCCCCUGUGGGGCACCACUGGAUAAAAUGUCCGGAAUGGCUUCCUGGUCAAAAAAUGACCCAUUCGAAGAAAACUAUUAUCGAAUUUUUCUUGAGAUAUUGCGAAACAACUAUUUUUAUUUCUCAACUUCAACGCCCUGUAUCUCGAGAACUGAACAAUUGAAGACCGAAUGUCCCUAUCUCAGUGAUCAUGAAAUCAUGCACGAGGGCUAUCACCUGUCAAACGUUGUUGAUCGAAUUUCGCAACACCCUGUACAUUAACAACAAAUGAUGAUUGAAAUCCCCCUUCUUCAAAAUGUGUCAAACCAACUUUGUGUGUUUACAAAACCGAGAUAUUGUAAAAAAUUACUCAACUAGAUAUUAUUUCAUUCUUUGAACCUUCUAUUUGAAGAAACAUCACACUAUCAAAAUAAUACGUGCAUUGACCAUUCUAAGAAGAAACAUUCGAAUGUAUCAAUGUUUGUUUCAUUAAGAUUAAACAAUGAUGAGAUUU